AGGAAACGUAAAUAGUGCUAACAUGGAGAAUCGUAUACCCUGCUUUGUCGCUGGUAACAAAGGCUACGUCUGGGACGCAGACGGCGCUAUGCGUCUUCGCAAGCAGCAUCACAUAAUGGGCUGUCUUGUUGGGAGCGUUGCACAAUUCAAGAACCAAAACGAUGUCAAGCACCUGCCGUUGGAGCUCAGCGCUGAUGAAGUGACGCUUGCAGUACGACAAGGCUGGAUCGAGCUCUUUCCAGAGACCUCGACACCUGUAAGGGCCGCAGCAGCAGCGGCCGCUGCCGCCGAAGCAGCAGCAGCAGCAGCGGGAGAACGCAGCAAUGCUUGUGCAGGCGGCGGUGAUGGUCGCUUCGGCCGCCGUGCCCUUCCUCCCGACCCCGAUUGGGAGGAUGCCUACCACGAGUACUACUCGCAGUUCGACCCACGGGUCGGCUUCACGGGUCGCCGCCUACCUGUGCUAGGCCCCAAACGACGGCGUCUGGCGCCUCCUCGUGCUCUGCAUCCAGAGCAGCAACAACCGCAGCUGCAGGUGGGGACCAUUCAGCAGGAGACGCAACAACCGCAGCACCAAGCGGGGGGGAUCACUGAGCGAGGAGGGGGACAGAAGGAGGCGCAACAAGCGCACCAGCAGAAGAAAGAGGAAUCCGAGUCAGGCACCCAUGCGACCAUGCCGGGGGCAGCGGCAGCAGCAGCAGCAGCGGCUGUGGUGGUGGCUUCUGGCGCACCAGAUCAGUCCGAGGCGGGGUGGCGGGCGGCGCUGGGAUGCGGCGGGUCGUACACACUGCCCCUGACGGCGGCGGCGGCGACGGC